UUUUAGUUAUUUUCCUUUCCGUUGUGUUUUUUCAAUCUAUCUUCAUUUUUCAUUGAUUUUUCUCAUCUGGGUGUAUCACUUUUGGGUCGAUAAAAUUGAAUUCAUGCUUAUUGUUGCUUAGCUUCUCUAUUUGGUUAAAGGUUUUGAAUUUUUCAUUUUUUCACGUUUGGUCUUUUAGAAAAGAAAUCGUUCUUCAAGUUUAACUCCAUAUAAGAUGAGAUAAAUGUAUUGAAACUUCUUGGUUAAUGGAUUGGUAUGUUGAUCAAUUUUCAGUUGCUUGUUAGUGCUGAAUCUAUUUUUGUCCUUGUUUUUGUUUCUGGAAAUUGUAACCCAUAUGAUUAUCAUAAAACUCUUUGCAAGUUUUAUUCUAAUUUCUGGGUACUUGGUUUUAUUUAUUUAAGAGGCUGAAGAUUUAAAAACAUUGAUUAUAUCAAUCAUCUGUCUUAUCUUCAGUUGUUUACCAAUAAAGGAAACUUGUAUGCAGUUCAUAUUAUAGCUGUUGAAGGUGGUUGGUGGGUGAUCCCAGGUUGUCUGGUAUCAAGGCCCAUCUUAUGAGUUAUCUUGGAGACCCUCCUUAAAUUACCAGAAAAUAGAGAAUGUGCUGAUUGCAAGAGCAAAGCUCCACGAUGGGCCAGUGUCAACCUUGGAAUCUUCAUAUGCAUGCAAUGUUCAGGGAUUCACCGAAGCCUUGGAGUACACAUAUCGAAGGUGAGAUCUGCCACUUUAGACACAUGGCUUCCUGAGCAGGUUUCAUUUAUUCAGUCCAUGGGGAAUGAUAAAUCAAAUAGCUUCUGGGAAGCUGAGUUACCUCCUAAUUAUGACAGAGUUGGAAUUGAGAAUUUUAUCCGGGCAAAGUAUCAAGAGAAGAGAUGGAUUCCUAGAGAUGGAAAAUCAAAUUCUGCCCUAAAGGUCGAGGAGGGGAAGCCUUCAGUUUACAGACCUGGAUCUGUGAAUAAUGGAGAUAGAUACACAAACACCAUAAAUCAUGUUCCUGGAGAGAGGAAAGUAGCUCAUCAACCUGCGCCUAACAAUCUUCCACCAAAAGGUUUCAGCCAAGUCCCAACCAAAGUGUCUCAACAGGUCAUACCUGAUCCAAAACCACACGAAUCUGUGCAGAAUUUGGAAUCAUCAAGAGCUGAAAUGAAAAAGGAGCAUAUCGCUACCCCAGUAGUAAACCCACCUAAUGUUGAUUACGCGACUGGUCUUUUCAAUUUACUUUCUAUGGAUGAUUCUAGAGAAACAAAAUUCAUGGCUUCCACUGAAGUCAGUUCAUCAACCCAUUCUCAAUCUUCUGAAGCAAAAUCAUUAGUGGAAAUAAGUGAUCCCUCAACACCUGCUGAAAGCAAUGUGCAGCUUAAGUAUGGGAUUGAGGAUCUAUUAACAGAUUCUGCAUUGGUUAUACCAUCAGUCACACCUUCUGUUUCAGAAAAACAGCCCAAAGAUGCGAAGAAUGAUAUCAUGAACCUCUUUGAGAAGUCCAGUAUGGUGUCUCCAUUUUCCGUGCAUCAGCAGCAAAUUGCCAUGCUUUCCCAGCAACAAUCCUUCCUUAUGUCUGCUGCAAAACAAACUAGCCCUGGAUUCCAAACCUCUCCUGUCAACUUGAACCAACUUGGUCCUAAUGGUAUUUUCAUACCAAGACAGAGUUGGGGAAGUACUGGUUAUCAAGUUCCUGGAGCAGCAAUGUCCAUGGCUGAUAUACAGAAACAUAAGCAGAUGUUAAGCAUCCAACAGACAUACCCAAAUGGGAAUUCUGUAAAUAUUCAAGCAGCCGGCUUCUACGUACCACAGCCAGUAGCUUCGAAUAAUGGUGUGAUGAAUAUCGGAGCAAGUAGACCUUCUUCAACGCCCCAGCUUUCUUCAGUUCAACUUGGAAUUAAAGACUAUGAUUUUUCAUCAUUAACACAAGGGAUGUUUUUGAAUCGGUGAGAGAUUAGUACCAUGAUUUUAAUACCUUCACCAGCAAUGACUGCCUGUUUCCCCCAUCGGAAACAGAAAACAUAGCAACAGUGACCCAAAAAGAAAAUAAAAAUUAGUGUUGAUUUAUAUCCAAAGUUCAUGUUUGGUGAUAAUGAAAA